AUGCCCUGGACGGCGACCGCCGAGGUGGGCCACCCUCUGAGUGGGCCUUCCACUGCGCAGCGCAACGGCAACGCGUACUGGCACAAGAUGUCGUACCGCUGGGUGGACAACCUGCAGUGGUCCCUCGGCAGGCUGGGGCCUUUCGUCAACGCGUUCCGCCGCGAGAUCGGCCUGGCGCCCAUCAGCAGCGUCCAGUACGAGAACGCCCCGUCGCUCGUCGACGAGCUCCAGGUGCCCUUCAUGUACUUUUUCUCCCGCGCCCUGCUCGAGAAGCCCCCCGACUGGGGCCCGCACAUCGACGUCUGCGGCUUCCUCGACGACGGCGGGGAGGCGGCCAGCGGCGACGCCACUCGCCCGCCUGCCCUGGAGGCCUUCCUCGCCGCUGGCGCACCGCCUGUGUACGUCGGGUUCGGCUCCAUCUCGUCGGAUCUCGAGGCGAUUGCAGAUGCCGCGGUGAACGCGGCGCUCGGCGUCGGUAGGCGGGUGGUCCUGCAGCGCGGGUGGGGCUCGCUGGGCUCCCUCCACCAGAGGCUUCCGCCCGACGUCUUCUACGUAGGCCGCCCCGGCGAGGAGGAGGAGCUGCGGGAGCGGAUCGCGGCAGGCACCGCGGCCGUGGGCGCCUUGGAUCACGAGUGGCUCUUCCCGCGCUGCCGUGCCGUGGUGCACCACGGCGGGUGCGGCACCACACAGUGCGGGAUCAGGCACGCCCGCCCGUGCGUCGUGAUCGCCUUCUUCGGCGACCAGCCGCUGUGGGGCGGCCUGGUGCAGCACCGCGGCGCGGGGCGGCUCGUGCUGAGCCGGCGAGCCACGCCGCGGCUGCUGAGCGAGGCCCUCGUGUUCGCCUGCGGCGGGGAGGCCGCGGCGGCCGCGGAGGGCCUGAGGGACCUCAUCCGCGAGGAGGCGGCCGCCGGCGCCGGGCUGCCGAGGGUGGUGGACUCCUUCCACAAGCAGCUGCCCGCGGACCUCCUGGCCUGCGACGUGUGCGCGCACAUGGCGCACAGCAGCGGCGGCCCCCGGCAGGAGGUGCGCCUGGCCCGCUUCUUCGACACCGGGUCCCAGCUCCGGCUGUGCGACGUGUGCUGCUACGCACUCUUCGUGCACCAGGCGCCGGAGGCCGCCGAGGGGCAGCCGCCGCCGAGCGCCCGCGGGCCGGAGAGGCUGGCCGUGUACCGCGCCCUGGACUGGGGGCGGGGCCGCCGGCGGUGGCUCCGCAACCUCGGCGCCUCCACGGCCCACGCGAUGGAGGGCGUGGUGGCCAUGCCCUUCGUCGGGCUGCGAAGCGGCGGGCUGGUCGGCGCCGCCGUCGGCGGCGUCGCGGGCCUGCUGAACCUGCUGGUGGCGCCCAUUUCUGGGGCUCGCCACCUCGUCAACCAGCUCCGCUCCCGAGACCCUCUGCAGGAGGACCCCGUCAGCCUGCAGGACAUGGUGCACCUCCGAGUGGAUGGCGGCCGCCUGCGGGUGGGCGCGGCAGGCCGAGCCGGCGACGCCGUGCCCGGCGCAGCGGCGGAGGGCCUGGCUGGCGGUCGCGGCGAGGGCCCCCUCUUCUCGCGGCAGCAGAGCGACGACGAGGGCCUCCCGAUCUCGCGGCGGCAGGGCGACUUGGUGGCCCGCGGCGAGGCACAGGCGGGCGAGCGCAUCGCGCCCGACGACGAGGCGGCGGUGUGUUCCGAGAUCGCGGAGGCCUUCCGCGGGGCCAUCGACUUCCGCGAGAGGAUGCUGCAUGUGCAGGCGCAAGGCCACGAGGAGUUCUCGGCCGCGCUCGCGGGGGCAGACUGGAGCAAGGGCCCGGCCUCCCGCGCGCUGCGCUCCGCCUCCGGGGCCAGCAGCGCGCGGUCGCUGCCCCUGCUGUCGCCGCCGCCGCAGCGGCGCGGCGGCUCGACCAGCGGAGCCCACGGCGCGCUGCUCGCCAGCCCCGGCUGCGCUGGGCCGCCAGGGGCGGGGGCGCCCGGAUGA